AUGAUGGAAGGGCUCUUCAAAUUGGCCCAUCCUAUAUUGCUGUACCCUAAUGCCUCAUCUUCAGUGACAUUUAUAGUACCAAGCCUCUUACAUGUUGCAUUAUCGUUUAUUUUAUUGGGAAUGUGCGCAUCUGAUUAUUUGUGCCCCAAUGUAGCUCAAGUAUCAGAGCUAACUAGCUCCAAUAAGGGUUCUACAAGAAUAAGAGAGCAUAGUACGGGUAUCGUUAUGGCCGUAUUACUAUCAUGGUGUAACUCCUCACCAGAUUUAUUCUCUAAUUUGAUAAGUUGGACAUCUAAACCCACAGCAUCAUCAACGGCUGCAAAUGCUGCUGCUCUUUCAAUAGGUGAAGUCUUGGGCGCAUGUGGAAUUAUAUUAUGCAUCGUGGAAGGUUCCAUUUUUAUUAUUAUGUCGUCCACACCAUUAAACAUUACUAGAAUGCAAAGGAAGGGAAUAUUGAAGGAUUUGGUAUUUGCAUUUGUCGCCAUGUUAUUGAUGUUCUAUGUUUCAUUUCGGAACAAAGUAACUGUUUUGAACUGCGCAAUAAUGUGCUUCAUUUAUAUUUAUUACUUACUAUUAAAGUUCAGUAGCAGAAACGAGCCUAGGUUAAGAGCUGCAUCAAAUACACAAGGGGUGGAUGAAACGCUCGAUCUAGAGAACUUGCCACCCGUCGAAGAUUCAGCAUAUACUGAUGAAUAUGAAAAUGAGGAUGACAAUUCCUUUCCCUUCGAUCCCUUGAUGCUAAAUUCAUCCCAAAAACUGUCAACAAGAAUGAAACCAAGCUUAAUAGCAGCAAUGGAUUUUAAUAGUUUAUUGACCAUGUUAGAAGAAUCGGAGGAAGAUAACAUAUACGAAGAGGCUGAACUAUCGGCAAUCCCAAGCAAAAGUCAAGUCAAAAUAAAUGAACAUGACAUUCAACAAAGCUCCGGCUCAAAAGCUGAUUUAAUUUCAAAGGAUAGUAGACCAUAUAGUGCACCUGAAAGACCAUCUGAAAAUAUAAAUCUUUUUUCUAGGGACAUUAACACAUCCCCUGCUACAUUUGCCCCUUACUUUGAUAAUCCUGAAAACGUUACUGCAGGAGAAGAAGAUAUAAGAUCUGCGGAAGCCAUGAUAAUUAGAAGCAACAGAAAGAAAAGGAAAAAGAUUCAAAGAUUGAGAAAUGGAUUUUUUCAAAUAUUUCUACCUCAUUUAUUAAAUUUCCGCCAAAAAUCUACUGUAGAUGCUAUCCUUUCCAUAUUAACCAUACCUUUUGUAAUUCUUUUGAGAAUCUCAUGUCCACAGCCUCCCCAAGAAUUACUUGAAUAUGACACAAUAACAGAGAAGUAUUUUUAUUCAAAAUUAGAAUUAUCGACGUUAUUCAUUCAAAGCAUUCUAUGUCCCUUCAUUACCUAUUUUAUUCUUUCCUGUCUACUGUCCAAAGUAUUCCCAAUGUUUUGUAUUUUUAUUCCAUCCAUCUUUUCGCUUGGUUUACUCAUUACCUUGAUGAAAUUUUAUGGAACAAUCAUAUCACAUAACAAAUUGACUUUGAUCCAGAUUCCAACUACUGAAAAUGCUGAGUUAGAGAAAAAAAGUCAAGAAAGAAGAAUAGUUGAAAAACUAAAUAUCGCAAUUAAAAUAUGUUCAUUAAUUAUAGGCAUACUAAACGCAAUUCUUUACAUAUCGUUAAUUGCGAAUUCACUUAUAGAAAUGAUGGAAUUGUAUCAAAUUAUUACUGGCAUUUCAAAAGCAAUCUUAGGGUUAACUGUAUUUGCAUGGGGGAACUCAAUAAGUGAUCUAAUAUCCAAUAUCGCCAUGUGUAAGCUUUAUCUGAAGGUUCCUCAUCAAGAGGAUCAAGAAAAUAUCACAAGGGUAGCCACAAAAUUUUUUAUGAUAUCAUGUUCAUCAUGUUUAGGAGGUGUUAUGUUAAAUUCGAUGGGUGGAAUUGGUAUAAGUGGACUCAUUGCUAUGCUAUUCGUACAUAAAGGAUCAAGUAAUUGGUGGAUCUUUAGAUUUGUAGAAUUGCAAGAAGAAUACAAUCAAUAUAACCAUAAAUUCAUUAUAUCCUGCAUUUUUAUUCUUCUACAAUUGAUGUUACUAAUAUUAAUAUUUGGAGGUCCCGAAUUCAUUAGAAAAUGGUCACAGAAUAGAAUGAAAUCAAUAGGGCUCUCCAUGUGUGGUUUAUGGGGGGUUGCUACACUCUCUAAUAUAUUCUUUGAACUUUUCCACUAA